AUGCCGAUUCACCACCUCAUGGUCGGCACAUGGACGCCGCCCGGCGCCAUUUUCACCUUUGCCUUUGACGAUGAGGCUCUCACCCUCAAACUCGUCAAGCGCACCGCCAUUCCCAAAGACGAGCCCAUUUCCUGGAUGACCUUUAACCACAACAAAACCGCCAUCUACGGCGCCGCCAUGAAGAAGUGGUCUUCCUUUGCCGUCGAGUCUCCUACCGCCAUCACGCACCAAGUCUCGCAUUCCAUGCUCCAUGACCGUAAGCUCAUCCUCACGACCCCAAACCCCCGCGAGUUCUUUCCUCCUCGCCUCUCGCCUUGCCUCCAUUCACUUACAAACUCUUUCUCAGCCGAAGCCUCCUCCGCUGACACCAACACCCGCGCCAUCUUUCUCCUCGCCGCGCGCCUGCCCCCGUACGGCGUCUACUGCAACCCUUUCUACUCCCACGCCGGCCACGGCACCGUCUACUCCGCCGACCCCUCCACCGGGGCCCUCCUCCCUCACGACGCGCAACACUUUCCCUACCAGCCCUCCUCCGGCAUCCACGGCACCGCCCUGUCCCCCGACGACGCCGAGCGCCACCUCUACUCCGCCGACCUCACCGCCAACAAGCUCUGGGUGCACCGCCGCCCCGACCCUUCCUCGCCGCACGUCGAGCUCGUCGGCAGCGUCGACGCGCCCGAUCCGCGCGACCACCCGCGCUGGGUCGCCGUGCACCCGUCCGGCUCGCACCUCUACCUGCUCAUGGAAAAGGGCAACCGCAUCUGCGAGUACGCCAUUGACAAAAAGGGUUCGCAUAUGCCGACGUACACGGGCCGCCACUUUCCGCUCAUCCCGCCGGGUAUACCCGACCGCUGGACCAUGUACCGCGCCGACGUCUGCGCCGUGUCGCACUCGGGCAAGUACUUGUUUGCGAGUUCCAGGUCGAAUAGCGUCGAGUUGACGGGAUAUGUGGCGGCUUUUAAGCUGAGCGAAGAGGAUGGGCGGAUUGAGCGCCAGAUCCUGCUCAACCCGACGCCGACGAGCGGCGGACACAGCAACGCGGUCGCGCCGGCGGAUUGGACCGAUGAGUGGCUCGCGCUGACGGACGACGAGCAGGGAUGGUUGGAGAUUUACCGCUGGCAGGACGAGUUCCUGGCGCGGGUGGCGAGGGUGCGGGUGCCAGAGCCUGGCUUUGGCAUGAAUGCGAUCUGGUAUGAUUGA